AUGGAGUAUUCCGGUGCACGAUUGAUCAGUAUCAAAAUAGAACCGAUCAAUAGAGAGGAAUACGACUUAAGGUAUAAUGCGAACAGUAUUGAUCUACCGGGGGAUGAUAUCUGUUAUCAAGAAACAAUUUUGGAUGAAGAAAUUAAUCAAGAGGAUGUACAAUCGGAUGCAUCCGCAAACCACACCGACAACGACCUCGAAAACGUUCCCGAUUGUGAAUCAAAUGGUGCUGCAGAGCGUACGAUAACGAAGCGAAAAAAGAAGCUCUCGUUUUGUGCGAUAUGUGGAAAGUAUUUGCACAACAUUGCCGAGCACCGUCGGAUGCAUCUAAAUAUCCGCACCCAGCAGUGCCCAUACUGUGACAAGUCAUUUGUACAUCGGUCGAAUCUGUACGCUCAUCUUAAUAUUCACACGCAGGAGAGGAUCUACAAGUGUGAAUAUUGUGACAGCGAGUUUACGUGCAUACGGGGAUUGAAACAGCAUCGUACGAUACACUUUGAGGGUCAGUACGAGUGCACCAUAUGCAACAGGAAGUACAACCGAAAGUAUUACCUGCGCAUCCACGUACAGCGAGUGCACAUGCCGAAGGAGAAGCACAAGUGUCUGCAUUGCGAUAGAGAAUUCGUCAAUCCAAAACUGAAGGAAGAGCACAUGCAGAUUCACGAAGAUGGUACAGUCCACGAAUGCGUCGUGUGUCAUCGAGUUUACAAUGCGAGAAAAAAUCUAUUUCGCCACGUACGAGCUGCCCAUCCGGCACAGUUGACCGAAGGAUGA